AUGAACGCGGGCAUUGCAAAAUGCAUACAUGAACACUUGAAGGAGAUUAAUCCCAUUGGGAGGCGAGAGCGAAAUAGUGUGUUACAGAAGAAUUGGCUGGUACACCCCACUGUCGAGACGGAACUGCCAAUGCGAACUUCUCUUGCACAUGCCAACGAUAAAAAUGAGAUCCGGGACAAGGUACUGCACGUGGCAUCAUCAGAUGGAUUUGCACUGUUGGAUGGAACUUUUUUUUUCAACUCAAACGACGCAGUGAAGCAAAAAAAAACAGUGACUGGACUACAAGUUACUGUGGCCCGCCAGUAA